AUGUCUCGUCCAGAGCUCAAGUCUUCCUUCUCAGACCUUGUUAGACAUCCAUUUGUUCAGACAUUCAGCUUCUUCUACCUGAUUUUCCAGCAUUUCAUUAAUUGGAUUCUCGCACCGGGCCCUCCUCCCCCUUCCGCCAUCGCCGAUGACACCCCGAAGAAGAGAGUGGCCGUUAUUGGAGCCGGCUUGACAGGUGUAUCUUCGGCAGCUCAUUGUGUCGGUCAUGGCUUUGAUGUACAGGUGUUUGAAGCGAGGCCAAAGGACAAAGGCUUGGGAGGCAUUUGGAGUAGAGUCAAUUCUACGUCUUCGCUACAGCAUCAUAAAUCUUGUCCCUCGAUUGCAGUGUUGGCGAUGAUGUUAUAUUGGAGCGGAGGUAUUGGCGACGAUGAUGUCAAGGCUGAUUCUCGCCUGUGA